AUGCCCUUUUUCCAAGCCCCGAAGACCGGGAAGGCCAAACGUAAAACCCGGGCCUACUGCCAGCCAACCCUCCACACCCUGGAGACGUUCCUCGGCGGCUACCGGGGAUACAACGAGCUGAGAGCGGAGGGGGAGAACACCACGACACCAGUGGAUACCCCAGCAACAAUGACACGCCGCUCCCAGAAAGGCCAGCAGAGCUCACCAGCAGAACAACCCGACAUCGGGGAACUACUGCAACGAAAGGUACCACCCAAGAUGCCUGCGGAGGAGACCUCCUCUGCACUAACGCGGCCCAUACCAACAGCACAACCACAGGCAGUCCCAGUAACCGAGACACAGCCUAAAACACUGAAAAACUAG